AUGUAAUUAGAGUAAAGAGUUUCUAAUCUUGAAAAAUUAACUGAACAAUUAUUAGGAAGAAUCUGCGAACUUGAAGAUUAAUAGGGAGAUUUAUAAGAUUAAAUUAAAAAAUUACAAACUAAAGUAAACAUAAUUAUUAACAAAUAGAACUAAUAAUUAGAAUAGGAAAUAGGAAAUUUGAAAAAUAAAACAGAAGAAAUUUAAGAAUCAUGGUUGUUUUACUGUGAUAAAAGUAAGAUGAUUCUACUUAAUAUAUAGAAAGAUCAUUAAAUUCUAUAAAAUAAACUUUAUAAAUUGAGUCUGAUAUAGUGAAAGAAUUUGAUUAUUAGAGUUGGCUUACAGAAGACAUUAUGUGGAGAUAAAUAAUAAAGAAUAUAUGUAAGGAGUUACAAAAGGAUCUAGAGAAAUUAAAUGGAGCAUAAUUAAAAUAAUUGGCAGUAUAAAAAUUAAAAGAAAAUAUUGAUAAUGAAGUUUUAUUUGUUUUACGAAAUGUAAAUAAAGAAAAUGAAAAAAUGAAUGAAUUGAUUGAAUUAUGUGCUAUAUUUACUUAAUUAUGGUAUGAAAUAGAAUUAGGUGGAGAAUAAUGUUAAGGAAGAAUGAUUUUGGUUAUAGAGAGUGAAAUUAAUCUAGAUAAAUUAGAAUUGACUAGAUAAGAUAAUUCUAAAGUUAUUUUGCAAAUAGAAAAAUUAUAAAAUUGA